GAGUCGCUCACGAGUGCAUCCUUUGAAAGCAGGCUCCAUAUGUGGUCUACGAGCAUUCUGCUGCUUACUACAGUCAUUGCACGACGAGAUAUUAUGGUUCACGACGAGGAAACAACCUUCUUCCAAAAAAAGCCACAGAAUGUGAACUCGGCGCCCUUUGCCAAGAUGGUCACUUUGGAAUGCGAAUAUAAUUCAACCAAAGACACAUUCUCAGAUUUCCAGCUUUACUGGUACUUCGAAAAGUUCAGUGGGUUCUAUGAGAAUGACACUUUGAAGUACGAAAAGAGAGUGCUACUACACUGUGAGCGCUCACACGAUAGAUAUAACCAAGGUAAUAAACUACAUGUGCGAGCAAUCAUUGAGAACGAAGGAAGAUACAUAUGCCGAAUCGAGAGCUCGAAGCAAGUGCGGUAUCAGGAAGUAGGAGCCAUCUUUUUCACUGAAUUGCCCUACGUAUAUUUGGAACGUAUGGAAAGCGGGGGCACGAAACUCCUCAUGCGUGUCAAAGAUUGGGGAAAAACGUUGCCAACAAGGAGAAUUUUUUUUUUCACAAGCGACGGGAAGGAAGCCGUCUGGACGGCAACGCGAUUUAGGGGAGAAUGGACUUGGAAGAGGAUAGAGACAGAGAAGGAUUUUUAUCGUGGAACCAUUUUUGGGUACGCAAUUCAAGAGAAAUGGUAUGGAAUGAUAAAGAUAGAAACAGAUCACUGCGUCAAUGCUACGAAGAUUGAAAAUGUCGAAUGGACGCUAAAGGAGACCUUUUCGCUUGAUGUAAAUUACUGUAGCGAUGUAGAAGCGGUCAAGAUUCGCGUUGCUGGAGGACAUAGAAAGAAGCAGGUUGCCUAUGAAAUACUCUCACAUGACAGGACAUUUAUUGAGGAGAAUCCUCAUGUAAUACAGAACAAGCCAAAAUGCAGAAGUCUGUCAAUCGCAGGUGUACUAGAUGUCAACAGUGAUUACCACGUGACUGCUGAUUGCCUGUCUAAGAAAGAAAAAACGCUGCUAAGUGAGUCCAGCAACAUUGAGAUGUUUACACUAAAUCCAAUCAAUCAAAUAAAAAUCUUAGAGCUAAGCAGUAAAUCGAUAAAAAUCGUUUGGCUGCCUCCAGCUGGACACUCGAUUUCAGAAGGAUAUGUGGUCUACCUCGACAAUGAGGAAGUGCAAAACGAUAGAAGGAAUUUUGUUAAAGUUGAUAACCUGGUACCAGGCUUACAUGAGGAGACUCUACAAGAACAAAACAGAACAGAACGCCGACUAAAGCACGAAGAAGAGGCAUUGAUGGAAGCGCAAAGGGAACUUGAAAAUUACGAACGCAGAUUGAAAGUCGCUGAGGAAGAAGUUGAAGAGGAAUGGCAACUUGCAAAUCCAACCACUCCACCAUCGUUCUAUAUUUACGUUUUGAUCACUAUAAUUCUUCAGUGCAUUAUCAUUGUAGGAUUCCGUACCCUCAUUGUAAAGAACUGCGAAGAAGGUAGAGCAACGGCAAAAGAACUCAAACAAGGAAAGUCCGUAAGCGAAAAGUCCUUAUCUAGCAAGCGAAAGCCUGUGGAAUCCACUUCUGCCACUUCAGCAGUUGAUAGCAAGAAAGAAUCCAGCAAAUCUAUUUCCACUCCAGUCAAAAGCAAGAAGGACUCUGUAGCAUCUAGCAGCUCGACAGCAGCGUCGCAGGCAUCCGCGUCUUCCACCUCAAAAUCUGUUGUGAAUAAAUUCAUUCACCCAGAAUAUUCCGAAGAUAUGGAUGACAAUCCACAGCAGCUUCACGACAUAGCAAUAUUGCAGCUCUCAAAUCCUGUUCGCUAUACAGAACAACAACGGCCCAUCUGCCUCACCUCCUCAUCCCAAAAGCUUCACAACGUUACAGCUUAUGUGAUUGGAUUUGGAGCUUACAACAUCGGCGAUGAGAUCGGUAAAAAUAUGAGCCAGAAUUUACAGCAAACAACAGUACCGUUGCUAAGUCAGGAUAUGUGCUCACAAAGAUGGAGAAAACUCAGUGAAUAUGGGGGAGGAUUUGAGAUUGCAAACACUCAGUUAUGUGCUGGUUCUCUUGGACAUGGAACAGCACAGGUAAUUGUCAUGAUUGAAGAGGGAACUGGUGACGGCACUGAAUUUUCUGACUUGUGA